AUGGAGUGACAUGUUCAUAUAAAUAUUUUCUCAUCACUAACCUCGACUUAUUGCGUUGCAGGACUGAUAUCUGUGGCAGGACACAUGCCAGAUUCGAAGGAUCCAGACUGGAAUAAGUACCUUGUGUUUGCUCCAAUAGCGAAGUCAGCAUCAGAUCUUGCUCUUGUGUUGAGGUGCGCUGCGCCUAAGGAAACAGAGAAUUUAAGGCUAGAGGAACCGGUUGAUUUAGCAACACUAAAAGUAUAUUACAUUGAAGAAUGUAUAUCACCUCUUCUACAAAAAGUGGAUAAUGAAAUUAAAACUGCAGUGAGGAAAGCAGUGAUGCACUUCAAAAAAUAUGGAGUAGAACCAAAAAAAAUCACAAUAAAAGAUUUCGACAAAUCUCUUCAAGCAACAUUGACACUCAUGCUCAAUCUGGAAUGCCCACACAUUGUCUUCCAAAGGUCAGAGGACACAAACGAUUGGACCAUCUGGACAGUUUUAGGCGAAUUACUGAGAAAAGGUGUAGGCUUCGGAAGAGUGGCACUAUAUUCUAUCGUAUUCGGAAUCAUGAAAAAAUAUUUUCAGAGCUUACCACAAUCCGAAAGAGAUAAAUGCCAAGAAUUUAAAGAACAGUUCACGAGAUAUUUUGAGGAACUGCUGGGAGAUAAUGGAGUAUUGAUACUACCAGUAUUUUCUAAUCCUGCACAUCACCACUUCAAUAUGUACAGUAGAUUUUUAAAUACUUCAUAUCUUAGCAUUUUUAAUUUAUUGGAAUUACCUGCAACAGCGUGCCCGACUGGUUUCAGCAGUAAAGGAAUGCCAAUAGGAGUUCAGAUUGCAGCUUUUAAAUACCAGGAUCGAUUAACAAUAGCGGUGGCCAAAGAACUCGAAGAGGCUUAUGGAGGCUGGGUGCCACCUUCCAGUGAACCAAAUCAUAACAUGGUAUAAUUCUUGCUUUAAGAAUAUUUAGAACAUGCACGUGCGCUGUGCAUGAAUGGUUAUUUGCUCUCUUAAGCACGAAAGUGAUAACUGGGAUAAAGGUUUAAAAUGGAAGGUUCGGAGGAAUGAGCAUAAUUUGAGUGGUGUCAGAAAUAUGUAAACUUAACAUUUAUAUAGAGAAUUUGUCUUAGUCCCUAAAUAACGUGUUUAUAAAAUUAUAUUACUACACUACAUGCAGAUCUUUCAUGUUAUUUAUUUUUUAUUUCUUAUUGGUGCAUUUAUAUUUUUGGUUUUACAUCAAUAUUUAAACAACGGAAAGAUAUAUUCAUACUUUACAAAAACAAAAAUUAUUUUUAUGAUUUUGAAAAAGUUAUUUUCACAUUAUUAAAUUUGGAAAACAGGCACUGAUAAGAAAACUAAUACGCUCAGUUUCUGAUAAAAGAAAUAUCGUGGAGUCAAUGGGAUUGGUUUCAUAAAAAAACAGUAAACAUUAAAUAACUGCAAGUAUAUUAAUAAAAUACUUUUGUUAUCUGCGUGUAGUGGGGGUUAAUAAAUGGAAAAAAUAAUUGUAUUUUCAAAACAUGUAAGCAUAAGUUUUUAAGAAUUUGUACAUCACAUGAUUAAACUUAAUAAAGUUUAAAAAAUAUGAGACUUGAAUAAAUAUAUUUAAAUUUCAAUUUGUAACUAUAAGUUAUAAGAAAUCUUUGAAAACUGCAGCCAGAACAAGAGCUUAUGUUGCAUUUUGAUAUAAAUUGUCUUCUAUACAACUGUUAUGAUUUUAAACACUAUAUCAGGACAACUUUAAAUGCAUGCUUUAUUCUAUGCAUAUUAUAAAACAUAAAAAAAAAUAAAUGAAUUUAUAUAUACCAACAUAAGCUAAAUAAAUAAUUCUUCAUUUCAAGAUAAAAUAUUUGUUUUCAUGAAAGUUUAAUUUUAGUUAAUAAAACUCAAUAAGGCAUAAUUUUAAGAUCUUCCAUUUUUUCAGAAAAUGUUUCUAUUUAUUAAAAGAAAAUAAGUAUUUGUCAACCAAAAAAAAAGACAUAACUUUUAAACUCAAAUCAGGAGAAUAAAACAAAUAUUAAACUGGCUGAUAAUGUAUAUCAAGAAUCCAAAGUGAAAGUGGCAUAACUUGUGUGCGUUCUAAUUAAACUUAAUUUUAAACAUAAGAUAAUAUCUAAAUAGAAAUGUAUAUUUAAUUCUGUUUCUUAACAGCAUGUUGCUAGAUUAGAUAAUAUGUCAGGUGACAGACGCUUAAUAAAAAAAAAAUAAUGCAGUACACGCAUCACUUACCAUUCUAAUUCGAGCAGAAAUAGGUAUUUUCUCAAAUUGGGGAGUAAAAGUAAAAAUUAAAGACAUUACAUCAUGGAUGGGCAUAAUCAUAAUCAAUGACCACGAUUACAGUAAUUAUGAUUACAGGGAUCCGGUUUCCAAUUAUGAUUGUAAUCAGGUAAUUGUGCGACAUUUUUGCUGAUUUUUAGUGCUAUUGAAUCAAGUAAUGCAAUUUCUAUGUAUGUAUCAAAUCAUUAAUUUCGUUCAGGAAAACUUUGUAAGAGAUUAAAGAAAAUAAAUUAAACAAUAAAAUCAAUUUUAUAUAACUAUUUUAAUCCAGAACUUUUAAAAGUUUUAGGAUUUUUUAAUAUGUUUUGACCAUUUACAUGACAGAUUAAAAAUUCCAUUGGGUCAAUUAAGCUGUAGUGAGAAAACUAAAGACGUUUGCCAGAUACUGAAAUGAAACUUCAUAUCUUUUUUUGUUGUUGAUAUAGUCAUAAAUUGAUUUAAACACUUACUGAGUACAUUAAAUUUUGUUCAUUUGUAAGAUAGUGUUUUUUAAUAAUAAUAAUUGACUUUUUUAAAUAUUUAUAAAAAUAGAUUAAUGAGUAGAAAAUUUACCAAUAUAAGAAAAUGAAUUUGAAUGUGCCAAAAAAUAAAACACUUAAGACAGGAGUCCUCAUCCUUUUUCUAAUUUUAGAGAUUAAUAUGCAAGCAAGAUUAACCAAUUUAUGUUUUUCCUAAAUUUAUAAUUGUUUAAUAUUGCUGAAAAUAAUUUUUUAAAAAUUUGACCCGAUCGCAAUACUUUCAUUACCUAGUGUAGGUAGGAAAGUAAAAAAUUAAUAUAUGAAAAGUAUUGCUUACGUUCUCAUUUAAAAGAAAUCUGUGCAACCUGCAUAGUGCAUAGUGUGUUAAGUGCAAAAAUCAUAUUUAAGGAAAAACGCAAUUGAAAGUUUGGAAAUUUCACUGGUGCAAGUUCAAUUUUUGAGUUUCAACCCGUGAUUAACAAAGGAAUGUUCAUCUCUCUAACAGCCUUAUAACUUAACCCAUUAGACAUAAAGAAAGAGAGAAAAGUUAGCUUUCUGGUGAUACCUAAAAUUCACAAAAUUGCACACAAUACACUUGUCACAGGUGCCACAAAAAUAUCUAUAUAAAUAAAACAAAGGUUUUGUCUGUACAUUGAAUAAAAUCAACCCGUUUUAUAUCUUUCCGUUUCAUAAGACCUUUAAAAAAAUUUUUGUCUGUAUGUCCGCAUUGCCCAACGAAAUUCUGUCAGGGGUAAGCUCAGCAACGGCUAAUGGUAGACUUUUAAAAUUUUGACAUUAUAUUUAGGUUUGAUUGACUUAAAACAAAGGCUUUGAAUGAAAACAAAAUAUUGAGUAGAACCAAAGUUAUGAAUUUUUGAGUAAUUUGUCUAGAGAUUCCGGUUAGGGAGUUACUUACUUCGAUUGUCAUCCCAACCUACUCUACCGCGAGGCACAUUUAAAAGUUGUACUAUUCAACUGAUGGAAAAAAUGAUAAUAACUCAAUGGGAAAAAUCCGAAAUCCCAAACAUCUUUAACACGUCGCAUAAAACACACUCAGUUUUCAACUUUGUCCGAUCUUUCCGUUCAAGGUGUCGUUCGAUUCAACUUCUCAAGCCUAAAAAAUGUUGUCAUUUACAUCUUUAGGAUUAAACAAACGGAUUAGCUGGAAAUAAAAAAAUAAUAAUUUCACCCCGCCCGCCACAAUAUUCAGAUCAAGUUCUAAUUUUACACAGAUGUAGGUGACUCAGUGUCCAAUGUUAUUUUGCCAGCGAUAAAAUCAGCAGAGUUUAAAGAAGUGGGGAGACUACAACUAUUUUGGAUUAUUUCAAUCGAUUCCACAAUUUUUUCACUUCAUCAUAAAUGAAAAUAAAACACUUAUAAAAUUUUAAUGGUUUGGUGGUGGUUGGUUUAGUUGUGUAGCACCUAAAUAAAUAGCCGAAUAAAAAAGUUUUUAUUAUGACUAUUGCGAAAACUAAACUUCCACAAGCCCAUCAUAAAAAUUUCAACAUAAACCCCUCUCCACCCAAUUUUAUGAAAUUAAAUUUGGAUCCUCCACAUAAUACAAAAUUCAUCUCAAAAAAAGAUUUUAAAAUUUUAACUAUACACCUGUCAACGACGAGCACAUCAGCAAGUAUAUACUAAAAAUAAUGUGAUAUUUGCAUUGCUUUUCAUUGACCAAGGCUUCACAAUUUAGAUAAUAUGUUAGUUUAAAACAAUAAAAUAAGAGAUUGGUAAAUGAGCAUAAUAACUAGUGAUUUUUUAUCAUGCUUGAAAAAAUAAGUAAAACAAUGAUGAAGAUUGAUUGGAAAAUACUGUUAAAAUGAUUUUAUAUCAAUAAAUUACUAUUAAAAUUCUAAUUAAAUAACUAAAUUACUUGUUAGAAACUUUAUUUUAAAAACUCGUGAAACAGCAAUGCUCUGUAAAUCAAUUUCCAGCUAACAUGGUGAUCACAGUAAUAGGUUAGCUUUGGCAAGCAUAAUUUUGCCCACAAGUAGGCGAGAUGCCAUGGGAGCACGAAGUUGAGGAUUCCUGUAUUAAGACAAUCAUAACAGUAAACAUUUUAACAUGAACUGCCUAGAGUAGUAUAUUAUAGGAAAAUAAAUAACUGACUAUAUCAAUAACAUAUAAUUGUUUGAUAAUGGCAGAUAAUUUUUUUUAGAUACAGGUCGAAUAUUAUAUUGUUUAUUAAGUCAAAUAUUAACCUUUUAGGAAUUCUGUCAUUACAAAGUUCAAUUUUAAAAAAUAAUGUUUUUAAAAUAAAACAAAUAUAUUGAUCAACAUGUGUCGGAAUAUGGUGGUCUUUUUGACCUUAAUCUGUUUUAAUUAAUAUUAAAAAUUAUUUAAGAAUCCCACUGAAAAAAAAAUUGAACAACCAUAUCUCAAAAAUAAUAAUGAAAAAAAAAUAUAUAUAUACAUAGAUUUUCAAUGUUCAGCUGUAUUUAAUAUUAUUUCUAGAAUUAAUUCAGAAAUACUCUUUUUAAUGGUUUGUAAAUAUUUAGGUAUAUGGUUUCAAUUUCCGUAAUUAAAAGACUACUUGUCUUGAGGUUUUGGAUAGCUGUGAUGUAAUAUAUUUUAUCAUUUAUGUAAAUAUAAUUUAUAUGUUUUAUAUAUAAUUUACAUACAUAACUCGAUAUUUUUACUAGUAUAUAAGAACUCAUUGUGUAUAAAAUUUGAAAUAAAAAAUAAAACAAAAAUAAAAUAUUUUCUUAAAUUAAAUAUAACUUUCGUUAUUGUAAUAGUUUCAAAUAUGAUUACCAUUGGGUAAAACAACUUGUACACCAUUUAAUAUUGAUGUUUCAAAUUAAAUAUAAAUAUUUUAACGAUGCUUAUAAUUCUGUUUUACAAGAUAUGUGUAUGGAAUUGAAAACUUUAAACAUGACAUAAUUAUAAAUAAAAAUAUUUUCAAAUAUAUAAAAC